GCUCUGUACACGUCUUGAAGCCGUCAUCUCCAGGCCGGUGGCUGUUCCCCCUCAGUGGUCGCUAUGUCGUUCCUGUCGUGCUGCUUCAGGUGUUGCGGGGAUGGCGGCUCCGGGCACAUCCCGCUAAAGGAGAUGCCGGCCGUGCAGCUGGACACUCAACACAUGGGAACUGAUGUAGUAAUUGUAAAGAAUGGCAGAAGAAUCUGCGGGACUGGGGCGUGUCUCGCCAAUGCGCCGCUGCAUCAGAACAAGAGCUACUUUGAAUUUAAAGUGCAGUCUACAGGUGUGUGGGGCAUCGGAGUUGCAACUCAAAAAGCAAAUUUAAAUCAGAUCCCGCUAGGUCGAGACGCACACAGCCUUGUGAUAAGAAAUGAUGGGGCCAUUUAUUACAACAACGAGGAGAAGAAUAGGCUGCCAGCAAAUAGCCUGCCACAGGAGGGUGACGUUGUGGGUAUCUCCUAUGACCAUGUAGAAUUAAAUGUUUACUUGAAUGGAAAGAAUAUGCAUUGUCCUGCAUCUGGUAUCAGAGGGACUGUGUAUCCUGUUGUUUAUGUGGAUGACAGUGCCAUCCUGGAUUGUCAGUUCAGCGAGUUCUACCACAGUCCUCCUCCUGGGUUUGAGAAGAUCUUAUUUGAACAGCAGAUUUUCUAAAAGACUGAAUGCCUACAGCUUCUCCAAAGCAUUUGUCUCUUUUUAAAGCUGCACGCCGCCUACCGAAAAUGUGCUUUUGUAUUUAUAUCACUGGGUGCAGACCUACUGGAUCCUCCGUAAGUAUUUUCUAACGUGUCGCCCACCUUCAAGGACCACAAUUUAACUAAUGCUGACACUUUUUUUUGUGAUGUACAGAAACGUUUGUUGUUGUGAAUGUAACCAGUCAGCCGGUAACUUAGUGAAUCUGUAUACACUGGUUCAGUAUUAUGUAAGAUCACUUAACCCCCUACACCCCAGUGGGCAUUCUCUCCCAGCAUUACUGUUCUCAGAACAACCGAGCAGGUUUUAGUUCUCAUUGUGGCAGCUCUAAUAUAACUGGAGUAAAAACACAGGAUCACAGCUGUACUUUUAUCUGACUUUGCUGCUUUUCGAUUCUUCAGUCCCAGAGUGCCUUAUGACUGUGCUUGUGUCUCACCGCAUGUCCUGGCUAUUUCUUCUUUUGCUGUGUCUCCUAUAUCACACGUGCCUGCAUGGAUACUCAAGCACAGAGAUGGUUUUUCACGCUUAUUUGGCCAGUUAUUGAUUUCUCUGUCUUGUUUAAAGAGGAACUCCGGUACUAGACAUCUCCUCUAUCCACUGGAUAGGGGAUAAGAAAUCUGAUCGCGGUGUCUGAACGCUGGGAUCUCUGGCCCGGCACCCUGGCGGUCUUAACAUUUAUGUUCUGAUCUCGCAUAGAGAUAUAUGUAGGGGGUGUAAUCCGGCAUGAAGCAGCAGCCAGACCUCCGCGGUCAGACACUUAUUCCCUUCCCUAUGGAUGGAGGAUAAGAUGUCUACUACUGGAGUUCCCCUUUAAUUCUGUUUAUAAUGGUUUUAUUUAUGCAUGAGGCACACUGGGAUUGACACUGUUCUCAGAUUUCAUUUUUUUUAUUUUUUAUUAGUAUAUUUAAUGUUGACACUAAUGUAAAUCUAGCUGUUUCUGUAGCACUAAUAGAGAAAUGAAUAGACUGAGUAUUGGCAUAAAUAGUUAACAGGUUAAAACUUACAAUCUAGAUACACUACAGCAGUGGUCUCCAAACUAUGGACCUCCAGCUAUUGGGCAUGCUGGGAGUUCUAGUUUUCCAAAAGCUAGAGGUUCACAGUUUGGAGCCAACUGCUCUACAGUGUUCUGCUCCUAUGAGUUCAGACCUCUGGAGCUUUAACACAGAGAAUAACCCAAAUAUGUUAAUAGAUAAUUAUUGAGUACAUCAGUGCAUUUCAGUAAAUUCGGAUCCUUCGAUCCAGUGUGGAGAGAGACAGGUCCUGGUUGGGCAAUCAGGUUGCCAAGGGAACCAUGAUGCCCGGCAGGUUUCAUGCCUGAGUCCUUAAUCUAAAGCCCUGGACAUCAUAUAGCUGCUUUGACAAACCAAAUAACCAGCAUAGACCUGUGUCUCUCCAUGCCGUUCUGAAGAACUUGUUGGAGCUCAGAUUUACAAGUACACUUUAUACUGACCUUUUGUAUAUUUAGUGCCUGCUCUCUAAUUGCUAUCGACCGUAUAUGAAAGACAUUGUAACGCAUAACGUACUCUAGUGUAUGUAUGACUAUACCCUUAGGGUAGGGUCACAUUUGCCGUAUUUUGCUGCAUAUUUUCCUAACCAUUGACUUCAUUGGGUAGGAAAAUAUGGAGCAUCAAAUAAGCAGCAAAAUAAGACCCCUGUGAUUCUACCCCUAAAAGGAAUCUGUUAGCUGCAUUUCAGUUUCCAAGCUGCCGACACUGUCAGUUAGUUGUUGGGACAAAGAGACACAU